UGUCUGUGAGUGCGUUAGCGUUAAUGGCUCCUCCUGCGCGCGAGAGAGACGCCGAGCUCCAGCACCGAGCAGCACAGGGGGAGCUGUCCCAACACCCCGAAAAGGGAAAAAAACUCGCUCUCCGUCAGCGAAAUUUGAAGUGUUUACGCAGUUGAGUUGGUUAAUUUGAAACCGAGGACCCCCAUGUUAACGACGGAAGGCGAACGUUAGAGGAAAGCGUUGUGAGUUUUUGAAAUAAACAACAAAAAAAAUAAUCAACUCGCCAAAUGAACUCCGUCAGAGCGACCAACAGAAGACCCAGGCGAGUAUCGAGGCCGCGCCCGGUGCAGCCCGAGAGGAACAACGGCGAAAGAGAUGAGGACGUCCCUGCAGAUAUGGUUGCAGAAGAAUCUGGUCCAGGAGCUCAAAACAGUCCGUACCAACUCCGCAGAAAGUCCUUGUUGCCUAAGAGAACCACGUGUCCCACAAAAAGCAGUAUGGAGGGAGCCUCCACUUCAGCAACAGAAACCUUUGGUCACAGAGCAAAACGUGCCCGGGUGUCAGGGAAGUCCCAAGACCUUCCAGCUUCCCCUGCAGAACAGUAUCUCCAAGAAAAGCUUCCAGAUGAGGUGGUCCUGAAGAUUUUUUCCUACCUGCUGGAGCAAGACCUGUGCCAGGCUGCUUGUGUCUGCAAGCGCUUUAGUGAGCUAGCUAACGACCCUAUUCUCUGGAAGAGAUUGUACAUGGAGGUGUUUGAAUACACGCGGCCCAUGAUGCAUCCAGAGCCAGGGAAAUUCUACCAGAUAAACCCUGAAGAAUAUGAGCAGCCGAACCCAUGGAAGGAAAGCUUUCAGCAACUGUAUAAAGGUGCACAUGUAAAGCCUGGCUUUGCAGAACAUUUCUACAGCAAUCCAGCCAGAUACAAGGGCAGAGAGAAUAUGCUGUACUAUGACACCAUUGAGGAUGCAUUGGGAGGAGUUCAGGAGGCCCACUUUGAUGGGCUGAUCUUCGUUCAUUCUGGAAUCUACACAGACGAAUGGAUCUACAUCGAGUCUCCCAUUACGAUGAUCGGUGCAGCUCCUGGAAAAGUAGCUGAUAAAGUUGUUAUUGAGAACACUAGAGAUUCAACAUUUGUGUUUAUGGAGGGUUCAGAAGAUGCAUAUGUAGGUUACAUGACCAUUCGGUUCAACCCUGAUGAUAAAUCAGCCCAGCAUCACAAUGCACACCACUGCCUGGAGAUUACAGUGAACUGCAGCCCGAAUAUUGACCACUGCAUUAUCCGCAGCACCUGCACAGUGGGGUCGGCGGUGUGUGUAAGUGGCCAAGGUGCAUGUCCCACCAUCAAGCACUGUAACAUCAGUGACUGUGAAAAUGUGGGGCUCUACAUCACCGAUCACGCGCAGGGCAUUUAUGAAGAUAAUGAAAUCUCCAACAAUGCAUUAGCGGGGAUCUGGGUGAAAAACCAUGGCAACCCCAUCAUCAGGAGGAACCAUAUCCAUCAUGGCCGAGAUGUUGGCGUGUUCACGUUUGACCAUGGCAUGGGCUACUUUGAGAGCUGCAACAUCCACAGAAACAGAAUUGCAGGUUUUGAGGUAAAGGCAUAUGCCAACCCCACAGUGGUGCGCUGUGAAAUUCACCAUGGCCAAACAGGGGGCAUCUACGUCCACGAGAAGGGCCGGGGCCAGUUCAUAGAGAAUAAGAUCUACGCUAAUAACUUUGCUGGCGUGUGGAUCACGUCAAACAGUGACCCAACCAUUAGGGGUAAUGCCAUCUUCAAUGGAAACCAAGGGGGUGUUUACAUAUUUGGUGAUGGCAGAGGUCUCAUAGAGGGCAAUGAUAUUUAUGGAAACGCCCUGGCUGGCAUUCAGAUCCGAACCAACAGCUGCCCUAUAGUCAGACACAACAAGAUACAUGAUGGACAGCAUGGAGGAAUCUAUGUGCACGAGAAGGGUCAGGGUGUUAUUGAGGAGAAUGAAGUAUAUAGCAACACUCUGGCUGGAGUGUGGGUGACCACAGGGAGCACGCCGGUGCUCCGGCGGAACAGGAUACACAGUGGCAAACAGGUUGGCGUGUAUUUCUAUGAUAAUGGUCAUGGAGUAUUGGAAGAUAAUGAUAUCUACAACCACAUGUACUCUGGAGUACAAAUCAGAACUGGAAGCAACCCUAAGAUUAGACGAAACAAAAUCUGGGGAGGGCAGAAUGGAGGCAUUCUUGUUUACAACUCUGGAUUGGGCUUUAUUGAGGACAAUGAGAUAUUUGACAACGCCAUGGCAGGAGUAUGGAUCAAGACCGACAGCAACCCCACCCUACGCAGGAACAAGAUCCAUGAUGGCCGGGAUGGCGGUAUCUGCAUAUUCAACGGCGGAAGGGGAUUGUUGGAGGAAAACGACAUCUUCAGAAAUGCCCAGGCUGGUGUCCUGAUUAGUACCAACAGUCACCCAGUGUUGAGGAAGAACCGAAUAUUCGAUGGCUUUGCUGCAGGUAUCGAGAUAACAAACCAUGCUACAGCAACCUUAGAAGGCAAUCAAAUAUUCAAUAACAGAUUUGGAGGUCUGUUUCUCGCCUCUGGUGUCAAUGUCACGAUGAAAGACAACAAAAUCAUGAACAAUCAGGAUGCCAUAGAGAAAGCUGUGAGCAGAGGUCAGUGCCUGUACAAGAUUUCCAGUUACACCAGCUAUCCCAUGCACGAUUUUUACAGGUGCCACACCUGUAACACAACAGACAGAAAUGCAAUCUGUGUGAAUUGUAUUAAGAAGUGCCACCAAGGGCAUGAUGUCGAGUUUAUACGACAUGAUAGGUUUUUCUGUGACUGUGGUGCGGGAACCCUGUCAAACCCUUGCACAUUAGCCGGAGAGCCGACACACGACACGGACACUCUGUAUGACUCGGCACCUCCUAUAGAGUCGAACACGUUACAACACAACUGAGGCUCAACCUGUUCUCCAUCUCAGCACCCUGGUCUUUAAUUUUAUCCUGUCUACAAAGCAAGAGCUUCUAUAACUUUGGUCUUGGUCAUAGAAAGACUCUGCAUACAAAAUGACAGGACAACAAACUCUUUAGACUUGAAUCAAUUGUUGUACGGUAAAGGAAACCAUUUUCGAGCGGAGACAUGGGACUCCUUUGGAUCUCUACCUGUUUGCUGGAUAGAGAUGUGUCUAUAUUGCUAAAAAAAAAAAAAAAGGGUUCUGAUGCAAGCGGAUGCGAGAGAUUCCCUGUUCGUUUUCAGUUGGCUCUCCAUCUGCAAAGAGUUAUUAGUUGACUAAAGCUUUGGAAGAGUUAAGAGCUGCACAGAGAAGCAAUAUGUUGACUCAGGAUUCUGGAGAUUAAGAGAAGAGACGAAAGCGGCAUCAACUUUCAGCAGAAGAAUGACGGAAACGUCCGAACCGAUAAGCCUGUGCAGUCUCUGAUGCGUGCAGGUUCAGGUGAAGUUCUUUUGCAGUUUUGUACAGACGUAACAGUGGCCAGAAACACACAGCCGUCACCCCUCCCCCAGAGACGCUGCCUGGAUAAGAGGGAGAGCCAUGAUGACAUGGCUUCCUUGGCAACUGUUUCUAGGUAACAGAUUUGCUGGUUAUAUGUAUGGUAUAAAAAAAAAAAAAAUUUGAAAAAAAUGUGGUUAGCACUUGCUUUUUUUUUCUUUUUUUCCCCCUUCCUUUUUUUUUUUAAUUUUAUUUUAAACGUUAAUGUUAUUCUGAUCAACAAAUAUGAUUUUAAUGCUUUCUCAUGUAGUUUUGUAUUUUCAAGCAAAAAUCUUACAGUAUUUGAAUGUCUUUUAUUUUAUUAUAUAUUAUAAUUAUUAUUGUUAUUAAUAUUUUCGUUAGCGCAUGUUAGGCUUGUAAUCAUACUGUGUCUCAGCAUAUAAAUUCUUUCUGUGAAAGAGGAAUAGUGAAAAAAAAAAAAACAAGAUUUGGAAAACACUACAAUGUCCUCCAGCUAUGGUUUUCGAUAGGUAAGGUGAGAAGCGGGUGUCAGUGUGUGGUGGGUUUUUUUCUUUCUUUCUUUUUAUUAUUUAUUUUUGUUUUCUUUUUUGUUUUUUAAAUUCAUUUUUAUAGACUUCCUCUGGCUGUGACUCUUAUAAAGCCUACGUGUGGUCCCAAAGCUCACAGUGUUUGCUUCACCUUUCACUGCCAUUUAGACAAACAGGGACAUUACACUUUUAGGUUUUUUUUGUUUGUUUGUUUUUUUGUUUUUUAAUAUAAAUAAAUGUCUGCCUAAACAUUGGGGAAAGUGAUUUCUAACCAGACUUUAAAGUGCUAAUAAGGUCCCAAAGGAAAUGGAAGUGUUUGUGAACACUGGAACAGUUAUAUUAAUGUUUAUGUGAAGUUCUCCUUCAUUUACGCUUUUAUUCUUGGCCAUAGAGUUAAUUUCAUGGACAGCAAUGAGUAUAUCUCCCAAUUUUAUUCAGAUAUAUUUUUUUCUUUUGACCCAUGGCCCAUUCCGUGUCUGUUUUUGAGUGAUGAAUAUAAUUGAAAAGCAUUGCUGGAGUUUGCCAUGUUUUAAGGCCCUGGCCUCUUCAAAGCUGAAACACAAGUCUCUACGGCCUCAUUGUCUUUUUGCCCCCUCUCUUCAUCCCCCAUCUCUGUGUAAUGUGGUGACUGUGGCUUCUCAUGCCGCCGCAAUUGUAUGCAUGUACCAUAACAUCUAGACUUAAUAUAUUGUGAAGUAUUCAAUAACCAUUAUGUAGAUGCUAGUGUGAAUUCAAAAAGGGUUUAAUUUCCUAGAAAACAAAAGAAAAAGGAAACUGGUCAUUUUUAAGAAAAUAAACUUUAUUAGAUCAAGCCUCAUUGCUUUAUUUGUGUGAGAAUUUACACUUUUGGUGUCAGAUUUCGUUCAUUAGUUUCAGUGUUUUAAAGGUUAUUGUCCGUAUUUUUUUUUUUUCUUUCUUUCUUCCCCCCAAUAGCAUUUGGGUCGUCAAAAAAAAAAAAAAAAAAAACAACCAAAAAAAAAAACAGCGUUCUCGGCAUUCACACCACUGAUGAGAUGCUGCUUGCAGACUAGUUGAGUAAACCUAAUAUUCUGUUGCUUAAUGAAAACAUCCCAAUCUAGGUUAUGUGGUUUUAUCAACCUUUGGCUUGUUGCUGCUUUACUGCCACUCUUCCAUGCAAGUGUAUUAUGCCUAUAAACAUGCAGUUGUAAACAUUUAAAAAAAAAUUGAAUUAUUGGUCUGCUUUUAAGAGCAUAAUAAACAUGGGUCAGAGUGAGAUAUUGUAAAAUGUAGUACCAUAAUGGUUGCAGGUGUGGCCUGGCUGUAACUAGUCAAUACUCUGAGCUGUCUUCGUACGCCAAGCAAAUAUUGUGAGAGCAAAGUCCUUAAAUCCGCAAUGCUCCACACUAUUGGAGAAUUUUACUGCAGCUUGGCUCAGAGGGUUUUGUCCUAUCACUGAUAAGACAUCUAGGUCAUUAUUGACUCAAUUCAUAAAGCCCAGGCUUUCCUCAAUACCCAGGUAAAUAUGGGUGUUCUCUGCGCAAACAAGCUAAACAAGGGCCCUUCAAAUUCUACAACAGAGGCUGUGUUGACUGAGACCAGCUUGACGGUGGUGUGUUAGUCAUCCUUCGGACACGCAUACUAUCAGUAUUCAUAUAAUGCCACAAUCAAGAUGAUUUAUAGCUUUUUAAUCUCAGCUGUUUGUUUUUUUUUCCCCACCUCUUGAUUUGGUACUUGAGAAGUUUUCCCUCGCUUGUGUAAAUAUCCAUAACAAUUUUAGCACGUGUGCUUGAAUGAUUUUUGGAAACCUGGUUUUAUAGCCAUCAUGGGUCCAUGCUGUGUGGCCUAAAUUAUUUAAAAAGAACAGGACAUGACUUCAGGUUUCAAGGUUAACCGAUAUUUUGUCUGAACUUAUUAGUGCCACUUCUUAUUAGCACCUUUUUCCACAUCAGAGUUUUAAAAAUCAUUUAAUCUCUACAUUAAAAGACUCCCAUGAGGUCAUAAACAUGUUAAACAAAAAAAAAGAAAAUGGACACCUGUGUCACUGGGUAUUUUCUAAUCACGUUGUGAGAAAUUUAUGCACUCCUGCCGUAGUUGGCAUUCAAAGGUGUGUAUGUGCAUCAACAUUUCACAGUGUCGUGGCAUUCGCUUACAUGUAUGUACAUUAUUAACAGCCAGGACUUGUUCUUGAUUGAAUGACAACAUGUUUUGUUUGCACAUACUCUUGGCUUUGAGCUGCUUAUCAGUCACUGUGUGCUCUGGUGGCACAGUGGUUUGGAUAUUAAAAUAGUGUGUUUGAAUGAAGCUCUUUAGAGUUGUUCAGAACAUUUGAAUAACAGUCUUCUAUCUUUAUGUCUACUGUUUAUACACAAUUUUUAGCUGAUAAAAGUAAUGAAGUACAAUUAAUUGUAAAAAAAAACAAAAACAAAAAAACAA